AUGGCUGCAGAUUGGCUGGGAAGCCUGGUGUCGAUCAACUGUGGGCCAACAUUAGGGUAUCAGGGGGAGGUGUCUUCAGUGGACCAGUCCAGCCAAACCAUCUCUCUCCGGCAGCCCUUCCACAAUGGUAUCAGGUGCCCAGUUCCAGAGGUCACAUUCAGCGCCAUGGACAUCAAAGAGCUGAAGAUCCUGGAUAUUCAAAAUGGCACCAGGCCAGCAGCUAACCCUGCCCCUAUUGGGCACAGCGGACGAAACGGGCGCGUUGGGAGCCAGGCGAGCAGCGCCCCGCUGCCGGUGCCACACAGAGGAGAACCGAGAUCAUCCGAGGGGCUGAAUUCACCGCAGCAGUGUUCCAAAAGCUACGGAGAGCGCCACCUAGAGGGCCCUGGGCAGGCCAAAGUUUUUCGCCGAAGGCACAACUCCUGGUCCUCCAGCAGCCGCGGUGCGAGCCAAGCUACGCCGAAGAAGAACGGGGCCAAGAACGGCAUCGGCGGGGGGGCUAUGAAGAUGAAGGAUGACGAGUGCUUCGGCGACGGCACCGACGAGGGCCUGGACACGGACUUCGACUUCGAGGGCAACCUGGCACUCUUCGACAAGGCCGCCGUCUUCUCGGAGAUCAACACCCUGGAGCGUCGCGGCAAUGGGGCCCGACCAGCCGGCGAGCGCACGCCCUCUCGCUAUCGCCACGACGAGAACAUCCUGGAGGGCGUUCCUGUUGUGUACCGCCAGAUCGCUGUGCCCCAUCCUGGGGGCAAGGAGUACUGUACCGACUCGGGCCUGGUGGUGCCCAGCAUCCCCUAUGAGCUCCACAAGCGCCUGCUGGCCGAGGCGGAGAGGCUGGGACUGUCGCUGGAGCGGCGGCUGGAGAUGACCGGGGUGUGUGCCAGCCAAAUGGCGCUGACGCUCCUCGGCGGGCCCAACAGACUGACCCCCAAGAACGUGCACCAGCGCCCCACAGUGGUGCUGCUCUGCGGACCCCACGUGCAGGGCGCCCAGGGAAUCAGCUGUGGCCGCCACCUGGCCAACCACGGCGUGGAGGUGGUGCUCUUCCUGCCCAACUUCGUCAAGAUGCUGGAGGCCGUCACGGUGGAGCUGACGCUCUUUGGCAAGACGGGUGGGCAGCAGGUGUCGGGCGUGAGAGACCUUCCCGACGGCCCCGUGGACCUGGUCAUCAAUUGCCUGGACUGCCACGAGAAUGCCUUCCUGAGGGAACAGCCCUGGUACCGGGCUGCGGCCGACUGGGCCAACCAGAACCGGGCCCCUGUGCUGAGCAUCGACCCGCCUGUGAGCGGCCGGGAGCAGGCCGUGGAGGCCAAGUGGUCGCUCUCCCUGGGGCUGCCGUUGCCUCUGGCGGAAAGUGCCGGACGCGUCUACCUGUGUGACAUCGGGCUGCCACGCCAGGUGUUCCCCGAGGUGGGCAUCACAUACCGCUCGCCCUUUGGCUGCAAAUUCGUUAUCCCCCUUCACCCGGCAUAGGUGGGGGUGGGGGGGGGCCAGGCGGGGGUGCCGUGGGCCUGGGACAGGCCCUGGUGGAGAUUACAUCUGAACGUGCCUGUUUCUGGGGGGAGGAAUGACUGUGAUGUGACCUGCCCCCCCUCCCCCCGGGAAGAUGGAGAGCUGCUGUUUGGGAGAGAUAAAAGGCACAGUGACAGUCUUCUGCUGUUCGUCUCCUGCUUAAGGAUGGACAGUCUGAGGAGAAACGCCCUCGUGAAUGAAGCUCCUUUUUUAUUUAGUCAGACUGUCUCUCUCCGUCACAAAACAAGCAUCACACCCUCAGCCAAACGUGUUUACAGCUUGCCUGACAGUUGCCCAGUGCAGGAAUCUUAUGGUUCUGAGAUGCGCUUGACUGGUUUAUUAUUAAUGCUUUUUGGUCUUGUUUUCUUGUUACACACUGCCGGGCAGCGUGGGCCGUCUGGAGGAAUAUGCUUUCGGAUUCUUCUUGCCAGCGUUGGGAGUUACUCACACAUCCAUGUUUCUUCAUGAGAAGGUGGCAAAACCUACAUUUCUUAGACUAAGAAUCUAACCAUGAGUCUUAUGGGGACUGAGAGACUGCCAGAGAAUGUUAUACAGGUCAUACAUGUCACAGGAGAAACAACCAACAAAGCCCACCAGAAGUGUGAAUUCCCCAGUGAUGGGGACGUAUUAUCAGCAUUCGUGUGUUCGAUAGCCUUGGAAUGUCUGCAUGCAGAGAGACGUGUCGCUGGGCUGUUCUCAGCACAGAUGUUCCUUCCGCUCCGUCCUCAUCAGUUAUUUAUUUCCCGCAUCUGUCUCUGCUCCUCUACCCAAUCUAACCACAUUCACUUCUGCAUUAAACAGCUGCAUCUGAAGAAAAGGGGGGUUUAAAUCAGAUAUCUUCCUAUACAUGUACAAGUGUACUGUCCCUUUAAAUUCUGGUAGUAUGUGAGCUGUUUGUCCAGCUGUGACCUGAUAGGGAAGCUGUGCGUUUGUGGAACUGCACUUGUGACAUGUGAACACCAGCCUUUCCGUAUACAGACUUUGGGUUUGAAUCACCUCCACUUAAUCGCACAGAACAUGGUCCUGAACUCUCCGGAAGGUUCUGGUGUCGACUCGGCCUUGUGGAUCUGAACCUUCCCACCAUCCAUGGAUCGGUGGACUUCAGACUUUGCAGUUUUUUUUUUUGUCUUUAACCCUUAAGUCUAGGGUUGGCAUACUGUGACCCCCCAGUUUGCUGGUUGAUUUUCCAGCAAUUUCCUUCCGUGUUACUGGUCCCAGUACAUUAUCUGUACAUUUAUUCAGAUGCCUUUCUCACUGAAAUGUUUUUAAGGUGAAAACGUGGCAACAUAGUUGCUCUUCAGGUGUGUGGUAUGCUUUAUGGUGAAAUAUGUUUAAAAUGCUGUUGAUUAAAUGGUUAACAUUAUAGCAGGAAUUGGCCAACGUGCAGCCCACAGGGACCUGUCCGAGUGUGUUUGCCUCGGGUUUGAUUGGCGAAAUCCGCAGGACAGCUCCGACUGUAGCUGCCCAUUCGUGUCUCACUGUGCUCUACUGACAUUCUUAUUAUUUAAUGUAGGUUCCAAAGAUCUUGUUUCUUGAUAUUGUUUCUGUUACAAAUGUAUGAAAAAUGAUUAAGAAUAGUUUUUUUUUCUUUUUGUGCAAAUCCUCUGCAUUUCUGGUUGUUGAAAGUUUAGAAAGACUGAAGAGAGACUGCAAAGUUUACAUUGGUUUUAAGCAGCUGGAACAGCUGUGCACUGGCUGCCUGGUUUGUGUUCUCUAUGCUGUUUUUGACGUCAGUCCAGCAAAGCAGUGACAAGAGUCUUCCGUUAAUCUGACACAGCUGUGGCAUGAUGCUGAUGAUGACUUCAUAGAUUUAUAUGUGCAUUUGUGACUCGCGUUGCCAUAGAGCAAGCAGGUCUGUUUUGCACUGCAUAUUCUUUAUGUCCCCGUCAUGUGACUGUCUGUAGCAGCCAAGCGUGCGCAGAUGCGUGAUGCUGUUUCGUGAAACGUUCUACUGUUAUGUAGCAUUAAAUAGCAUAAGACUCAAAGGUGACCAGGGACCAUUAUUUGAAUCAGGGUAAAUAAUAAGGUAAAAACACACACGGACAGUUUGGGUCUCUGCUGUUCCGGCCACCCAAAAAUGGGCCAUAUACUCUGUGGCAGUGUUUCCCAGUCCGGUCCUCGGGGAACCACAAACAGUCCACGUUUUUGGGAGGGAGCAAAAACAUGAAGCGGCUGUUGGUCCCCGAGGACCGGAUUGGGAAACCCUGCUCUGUUUCUUUAUCGUUAGGUAGUAACAGUGCUGUCGCGUUACAUUCCCCUGGAGGAGCACAGUUCGUACUUAAAGCAUUACUAGGGAACAGACUUAAUGCUGCUAAGUCUUUAGCUUCUUCUGCUGACAGAUGCUAGACAUUAGCUGUAACUUCCAUCUGUCUUAGCUUCCAUAGCCAUUUGUUGCUAAAAGCGUGCAUAUGAUCAGCGAGGUCUGCAUGGAAUCGAGGCGAACCAAAGGUUCCGAGUUUUUUUUUCCCCCCCAGAAGUCUGUCUCCUGUGUCUGAGCCCACCCCCAAGUGAGCUGUUCCAGUUGCGGGGAGGGGCAGGGCCAGCAAAACCACUGUAAGGGAGUAUGACUUCAAACUGUUGCCUGGGAUGAGAGCGGCGUCACACCGCGCCCCAGGUACCGCGCCCCAGGUACCGCGCCCCAGGUCUCUCUAAGUUUUCUUUCAGAAGAGCUGAGUUUGUGAGGCCCUGCAUUCCUCCAUCUCCGGGAGCAGUUUGCAGAGCCUGCGGAUGAUGACCUGUCGUGUCUGGAUAUCUGCCUUCCUUUCUGUUGGCUGAUCUCUUCUUGCUUGUGAGCCACUCUUCCUCAGCAACUCUGCGUCUCUGUUGUUCAUUCACUGCACCCCCAUGAGCUCUAUUUUAUUUUUUUAUAUAUUUUGGCCUCUUCCCAGCCUUAUUACUGGUUAUAUGUGGAGUUGAUGCCAUUUGUAUACGUUGAGAUAAAUUGUUAUUGAACUUGACUGACCCUUUGUUCUGCUAUGUUGAGUUGUAAUUUAAGACUGAAAAAUAAAGUGAAAUAUUUGCUGGAGAAA